AUGGAAAAAAAUCAGCAGCAGAUGCUGUCAUUUUUAGUUAUGGUCAUGCAAAGUCCAGGAUUUUUGGUUCAGCUGCUACACCCAAAAGAAAAUAACUGGCGGAUGGCUGAACCAGGAACUAUAAUAGAGCAAGGUGCAGAUGAAGGACAAUUAGCUGCUUCUGAUGGUAUGAUAAUACGAUACCAGCCGCCACAAGUGGAGGAGAUGCCUACACCAAUGGUUUCAGAAAUACCACAAGCAUCUAACCCUUUACCCGAUAUGAGAAAAGAUUCUUUCUUGAGCCCAGAUUUUGUGAAAUUGCUUAUGGAAGAAAAUUUAUCUUUUGAAAAUCAUGCUCCACUUGCUCUACCAGAAUUGCCAGACGAUAGUGCAUGGGAACAGUUUCUUUUAGCCACUCCUUUCUUACGGAAUAUUGAUGAUACCAAACAUGAUGGUGAAGGGCUAUGA